CUUGUGUUCUCUAUUGUUGUGGCUCAGCGGUGCAAGGAAACAAACUCAUCAAAUAUUUAAAGCUCCAGCGAAAAGAGCCACACACGAGGAGUCACGUGUAUGCAGCCCUGUUAGAGACCAUCCACGCUUAGAGCACUUAUUUUGUUUUGUUCUACGUCCUUGUUGUUGACACAACCAAAAGGGAUCAGUGCUUUAGGCGCCAUGAAGACUUUUCCCGCCUUUGUGCUGGCGAUCUUGACGUUCCUGUGUUUCCAUGGUGACGUCAGCGGGCGGCUUUUCUCCGGACGCCGCCGGACGUCCAUUCGGAGGACAGGCGGCACGGGGUCGAUAGAUAGCGGGAGUAGCACCCGUUGUAGUGAGGGCACGUGUAACGUGAGGACACUCCUGGACAACAUGGUGCUGGACACAACCAAGGUGAACGUCACAGCGCUGGUGAACACCACACGUAAGGUCAUCUGUACAGGCGUAACGUGCGCACUGCCGUCAUCAGCUGGGUGUAAGACUAAGUACCUGUUCAACAGCACCAUCUACGACAACACAGGGGACAUGUAA